CUCUCUACCUCGAUCUCUCGAUCUCCGGAGGCGUCAUCACAUCCCUCUCUCGCGGAAGAAACCCCAACCCAAACUUUUCCGUAUCCUUCGAUCGCAGACUCGCUUAGCGACCUACAGACUGAGGGGGGAAAGCGGUGCCUCCGCCGUAGCCGGUGGAUAUAUUUCCUCUUGGAGGUUUUCGUGGAGGCAGCUCUACUGAUCUGGGAGCUCGGUGGGAUUCGCUGGAUGCGAUCCGGGAUCGGCAGGUUGAACGAACGAGAUGGAGGCGUCCCUGCAGGUCUUGGCGUUUUGGUUGGUGAUCUUGGUUUGGUCCUUCGCAUCCGCUUCUUCUUCUGGCCCGGAGGAUUUCCGCCGAGCGUUUCCUAUUGUGGAGCCAGAUUCGGAACAUACUAAACUGCGUCUUGCAAGAGAGGGUUUGGAGGCAAUUCAAAGAAUUACUACCCCUAUUGCUGCUGUCGCAGUUAUUGGUCCAUAUCGCUCAGGCAAAUCCUUUCUUCUCAACCAACUUCUCUCCCUUUCUUGUGAUGAAGGUUUCGGGGUUGGACAUAUGCGUGAUACCAAAACCAAAGGCAUUUGGGUUUGGGGAACACCAGUGGAAUUGGAUAUUGAUGGAACAAAAGUAUCUGUAUUGUACCUAGAUACAGAAGGAUUUGAAAGUGUUGGCAAAUCAAAUGUAUAUGAUGACAGGAUCUUUGCGCUGGCUACAGUAAUGAGCUCUGUUCUCAUUUAUAAUCUUCCUGAGACGAUUCGCGAGGCUGAUAUAUCUCGGCUCUCAUUUGCUGUUGAAAUUGCAGAAGAAUUUUAUGGAAGGGUGAAGGGGCAAGAUGUUGCAUUUGAGCCUGCUAAACUCUUGUGGCUUAUCCAACGAGAUUUCCUGCAAGGGAAGUCUGUUCAAGAAAUGGUGAACGAAGCCCUUCGGCGCAUACCAAAUAAUAAUGGAGAUAGAAACAUUGAUCAGGUUAACCAAAUUCGAGAUUCCUUAGCAAUAAUGGGUGACAAUAGUACUGCCUUUAGCCUACCACAGCCUCAUCUUCAAAGGACAAAACUUUGCGAUAUGAAGGACACUGAGCUGGAUCAGUUGUAUGUGAAAAGAAGGGACCAGUUGAAAAAACUUGUUGCAACCAUUAUACGUCCAAAAGUUGUCCAGGGAAAACCUCUAAAUGGAAAGGAUUUUGUAGCUUUCCUAGAGCAGAUUCUUGACGCCCUGAAUAAAGGAGAAAUUCCAUCCACAGGUUCUAUUGUUGAAGUAUUUAACAAGGUGAUUCUUGACCAUUGUUUGAAAUUAUACAGUCAACGGAUGGACAUUUUGCGGCUACCAGUACAAGAGAACAGGCUGCAGGAAGUUCAUGAAGAAUCAAAGGCUGAAGCAAAAAAGUUGUUUGAUCAACAACAUUUUGGUCGGCAUCAUGCUGAAAGAUCUGUUCUAAAACUUGACGAUGAGAUACAAAAGGUUUAUAGAACAUUCCUUCUGGCAAAUGAAUAUCACUCAUCAAAAUUGUGUGAAGCCAGAUACACUGAGUGUGAGGAUAAAAUGGAUCACCUUCAAGUCAUGAGACUUCCUUCCAUGGCAAAAUUCAAUGCUGGUUUUCUUCAGUGCAAUCAAACUUUUGAAAGAGACUGUGUUGGGCCUUCAAAAGAAACAUAUAAGCAGAAGAUGAUGAAGAUGCUUGGAAAAUCUCGGUCCCUUUUCAUCAAGGACUACAAUCAAAGACUCUCAAAUUGGUUGGUGACUUUCUCACUUAUUGUGGCCAUAGUGGGUCGAUUUAUCAUCAAGUUUAUUUUGUUGGAGAUUUCUGGUUGGCUGAUGUUCAUCUUCUUGGAGACAUACACAAGAAUGUUCUGGUCAUCAGAAUCACUGUAUUACAAUCCUGCUUGGCACAUUAUUGUGUCUACAUGGGAGACUAUAGUUUAUAGCCCUAUUCUUGAUUUGGACAGAUGGGCAAUUCCAAUUGGUAUAUUGCUUCUUGUUCUGCUUGUAUACUGGCGGUGUUAUGGUAGGAGGAAACAUGGAUCUCGUUCGCUGUUGCCACUGUACAAUAGCCGCCAAAAAGCUGGUUCCAAUCGUCCAAGAACAGAUUAAAUGAAGACUCCCGAUGAUACUCCAGUAUUCAGCUUCUUAAGGUAGCAAACAUGUUAUACAUUCAUCUUGGACGGGCCUUGUUUUUAUGGUGCCUGGCCAAUGCUCACAAUCAUCUGGGCAUGCAAGAUAUGGUUACAGAUGAAAAGCUUCAAAGCAUCCUACAUAUGAUAUUAAGUGUUUUUUUGGGUCAUGAAAUUUGCAGAUUGCUUCACAGAUUGGUGUUUUUUAUUUAAUAUUCAUUUGCCAUGAGCACCACAAUCUUCUCUGUGCUACUAUCUGUUCAAGUUUCUAUCAUCUUUGUCAUGUUAUUCUCAAUAUCUGAGACUUGUGAUAUCAUUUGACAUGUGUACCAAAAGAAACUAUCAGAAUCAUUCAUCGACUACCCAUUCUUAUGGCUGCUUGUGAAGAAGCCUUGUACAUCAAAUGUUGACUACUUCUGUCAUUGUCUGUUCAAUCUCCGCUGACAUGAACUGUUGAAAUUUAUUUCUUGAUGAAUAGAUGUAUCUAAUUGCAGAUGAA